AUGUUUCACCGAGCGGGCAUGGGCCGUUCACGGUCUUCUGGCACACGAGGGUGCAACCGUGGUGGUCGUGGCAGAGGCGGUGCUUGGUCAGGAAAGCCUGUCUCGCCUGAGACUUCUCCACCACCACGAGGACCACUGAUCGAGAACGUGACGGAUGAGAGCCUGCUGUCGCAAGCAAGUUCCCUUUCAGCGCGACUCGCCAUCCAGUCAUGCACUUACUUGGCUUCCUUCAGCUGGUUAAACGACAAACAGCCCACGAUCGUGGUGCCCGGUAUGCCGCCACGAUGGGCGCCUCUGGACGAGCCACGCAAGCUUGAGGAGGAUUCUGGCUCAUAUUUCCGAGACAUCAAUGCUGUGCAUUACCCUCAGCAUCCACUGGAGCCCGCUGUCAGGGCAGUGCUUGCGCAAGCGCCAGAUCUGGACUUGGAAGAGAUCGACGUCUUCGCUUGUGGGAGCACAAUGGGCAACCUUCUUCGCUUUGCUCAGAAAAGCGACAAGCCGUUCCAAUUCGUUAUCGAAACUAUUGGCGAGACCGUGUUUCUUAUUCGCCGUGAAAACAGUCUCGAUGAAAAGAUACCGAGCGUGGUUGGUUAUGGCCACACCUUCCCGCGCACAUACACCAGACUGGACGAUUCUGUCACAAAUGCAGACUCUCAUCAGCGCAUGAUCAAGUACGACUUUGCGGGCUUCCAAUGCAUCGUUCGCUCUGAAGCUGAUGGAUUUCUACCGCAGCAUGUCAGCGAUGACAUGCAACCGGAAGUCAUUCAGGCCUUGCCUGAGCUGAAUGACCUGAAGCUCGUCUCAGGUGGCAAUGUUGUUCCGCAAGAGGCCAUCCUCGAAAUCAAGACCCGUUCAGUCCGCAAACAGUUGACUCUGGAGCAAGUCCUCGAUGGCGAGAUUGGCAGAUUCUGGGUCAGACAGGUCAAGAACUUUGUACUUGCAUACCACUCCAACGGCGUAUUCAACGAUGUCCAGGUCCACGACGUGCGGAAUCAGGUUGACGACUGGGAAGCGAGCCACCAGGACGAUGUCAGACUGGUCUCAGGCUUGCUGGCAAAAAUAGUCAGCUUUGCAAGGAAGGAUCCAAGUCGUAGGUUCGAAGUCUGCUACAGCGUUCCGGGCCAACUUGAGUUUCGCCACGUUGGCGGAGAGUUCCCAAACGCUUUGACUGAUGACACGAUGCGCCUCUGGGCACCGAGAGGGUCAGACGAGUCCGACGAGGAGACAGAUAAUGCUGUCGGGUCCGAUGCCGAAGCUGGCGGAGAGCUUGAGUCGGACGAGGAAGAGGAAGACUUUACAGCAUGCUCGGAGGGCUGCGGAUACUGUGGGAGAUGUAAGUAUCGCUGA